ACUAGUGGCCGCGCGCGCGCUCACUCAUCCCGAGGCGUCAUAAUCCACCCGGCUGGGGGGGCUUCUUUUUUUAAUUUAACGUCAGAUCAAGUUUGACCAACAGUGGCCUGGCGCGGCGGGUCCAAUCAGAGUUCAGAUCAGCUCCAUCUUCCUCUCCUCGUCCUCCUCCCCCUCCCUCUCAGCCUCCUUCUCCCGGCUCCUCUCUCUUUCUUAGUUGCGGGAGAGGAAGAAAAAAAAUUGCUCUGCAGCUGGGCUGCACCUCAAUGAAUGAAUUGGUGCACUGUGAGCCACCGUCAUCUCUCCGCUGGAUAUCCGUUUGCUCCCGGCUUUUCAUCCCGAACAUAUGAAUCUGCUGAGACGGAACCUUUUGAGGAGUUGAAGAAGAGACAGGUCGGAGAGAGAAAAUGGCACAGCGCGUGGUGUUCUUCUUGUUCCUGUGGGUCUUUGAGCAGUCCUUCGCAGGGUUUCCCAAUCAGAUUAACAUCGGGGGKCUGUUCAUGCGCUCCACGGUGCAGGAACACAGCGCGUUCAGGUUCGCGGUCCAACUCUACAACACCAACCAGAACACCACCGAGAAACCUUUCCAUCUCAACUACAACGUGGACAACCUGGAGUCGUCCAACAGCUUCUCGGUCACCCAUGCAUUUUGCUCUCAGUUCUCCCGCGGGGUGUAYGCCAUCUUCGGAUUCUACGACAAGAAGUCCAUGAACACCUUGACCUCGUUCUGYGGCGCUCUGCACACCUCCUUCGUCACGCCCAGUUACCCCACGGAUAACGAGGUGCAGUUUGUCAUCCAGAUGCGGCCCGCCCUCCGGGGCGCAGUGCUCAGCCUGCUCUCCCACUACAAGUGGCAGAAGUUUGUUUACCUAUACGACACUGAUCGAGGUUUCUCCAUACUUCAGGCCAUCAUGGAGGCAGCCGUAGCAAACAACUGGCAGGUGACUGCUCGCUCUGUCAGCAGCACAACAGAUGCCACAGAGUUCAGGCGCAUCAUCGAGGAGAUGGACAGGAGGCAAGAGAAGCGCUACGUGAUCGACUGCGAGGUGGACCGGAUCAAUACGAUAUUAGAACAGGUUGUAACUCUGGGGAAGAACAGCAAUGGUUACCACUACAUUCUGGCCAAUCUGGGAUUUUCCAAUGUAAGCCUGGACAAAGUCUUUGCCGGUGGAGCCAACAUUUCAGGGUUUCAGAUAGUCAACCCCGAGAACCCCAUUGUGCAGCAGUUCGUACAGCGAUGGGAGCGGCUAGAUGAAAGAGAAUUCCCAGAAGCCCGAAACGCUCCUCUGAAGUACACCUCGGCUCUGACCCACGAUGCCAUCCUGGUGAUAGCAGAGGCAUUCAGGUACCUGAGGCGCCAACGAGUCGACGUCUCCCGUCGAGGCAGCGCUGGAGACUGUCUUGCCAACCCCGCCGUACCUUGGAGCCAGGGAAUAGACAUCGAAAGAGCUUUGAAAACAGUCCAAGUGCAGGGCAUGACUGGGAACAUCCAGUUUGACAACUAUGGCCGCAGGACCAAUUACACCAUAGAUGUUUAUGAGAUGAAAAUAGGUGGGCCGAGAAAGAUCGGAUACUGGAACGAGUACACGGGGUUUGUAAAUAUUCUGGACUCGCAGGGCUCCAACGACUCCUCAGUGGAAAACCGAACCAUUGUGGUCACUACUAUUAUGGAAGCUCCGUAUGUGAUGUACAAGAAAAAUUUUUUGCAUCUGGAGGGGAAUGACAGAUAUGAAGGCUACUGCGUCGAUUUAGCAUCUGAGAUUGCCAAACAUGUUGGAAUUAGGUACAAACUGUCAAUAGUAAAGGAUGGCAAGUACGGAGCCCGAGACCCUGAGACCAAGAUGUGGAACGGGAUGGUGGGUGAACUGGUCUAUGGGAGAGCAGAUAUAGCCGUUGCACCUCUCACCAUUACACUGGUUCGAGAGGAGGUGAUAGACUUUUCCAAACCUUUUAUGAGCUUGGGCAUCUCCAUUAUGAUAAAGAAGCCACAAAAGUCCAAGCCUGGUGUUUUCUCCUUCCUGGACCCGCUGGCCUAUGAAAUCUGGAUGUGUAUAGUGUUUGCCUAUAUUGGGGUGAGCGUGGUCCUGUUCCUGGUCAGUCGGUUCAGUCCUUAUGAGUGGAACCUCGAGGAACAGGAUGAGACCAAAGACCCCCAAACUCCCCCCGAUCCUCCCAAUGACUUUGGCAUCUUCAACUCUCUCUGGUUCUCGCUGGGCGCCUUCAUGCAGCAGGGCUGUGACAUCUCUCCCAGAUCGCUGUCAGGUCGUAUCGUCGGUGGUGUGUGGUGGUUCUUCACCCUCAUCAUCAUCUCCUCCUACACUGCCAACCUGGCUGCCUUCUUGACUGUGGAGAGAAUGGUCUCACCUAUAGAAAGUGCUGAAGAUCUGGCCAAGCAGACAGAAAUAGCCUACGGCACUCUGGACUCAGGCUCAACAAAAGAGUUUUUUAGG